UCGUGACGCCAUUCCAGUUGUUUUUAUCGCGGACGCGGAAGUGAGCGCGAGCGGUGCUUUCUGACGAACCUGAGGCGAAAAAGCAGAAGAAAUCAAGUGUGUGAUAAAGAAGUUCGUCUGUGUGGAGAGUCCAGUAGAACCGGGGAGCCAUCAUGCCGAACAUGGAGCAGAAUUUAUUUAACCUGAAGUUUGCAGCCAAAGAGUUGCAACGAAGCUCAAAAAAAUGUGACAAGGAAGAGAAAGCAGAGAAGGCCAAAGUGAAAAAGGCGAUUCAGAAGGGUAACAUGGAGGUGGCACGGAUCCACGCCGAGAACGCCAUCAGACAGAAGAAUCAAUCUGUGAACUUUCUGAGAAUGAGCGCGAGGGUGGAUGCUGUAGCAGCAAGAGUGCAGACCGCUGUCACCAUGAACAAGGUCACUAAAUCCAUGGCAGGAGUGGUGAAGGGGAUGGAUUCGACCCUGAAGAGCAUGAACCUGGAGAAGAUUUCAGCUUUGAUGGACAAAUUCGAGCGCCAGUUUGAAACUCUGGAUGUUCAGACGCAACAGAUGGAGGACACCAUGAGCAGCACGACAACACUUACAACUCCACAGAACCAGGUGGACAGUCUGAUGCAGGAGAUGGCAGAUGAAGCUGGGUUGGAUCUCAACAUGGAACUUCCGCAGGGACAGACAGGAACAUUGGCCAGCAGUGUGGCAUCUACAGAACAGGAUGAACUCUCUCAGAGGCUGGCUAAACUCCGAGAUCAGGUCUGAGUGGAUUGAUGUGUGUGUGUGUGUGUGUGUGUGUGUGUGUGUGUGUGUGUGUGCCAUCAUUAUAAUCAUCUUCAUGCUCCAUGUUCGUGGCUCUCUGAUGUCUGGAAGAUCUGCUGCUCAGAACAUGUCCGGUCCGGAUUUCCACACGCCCUCGUCCGCUCUCCCCGGCUGUAAGUCACUUGGUGGCCCGAGGAGGAGUGUGUAGUGGAGUGUGUCUAAUACACAGCUUUGUUCUGCAGACUACACCAUUUCUUUCUCGUACUUUCACCACAAACUUGAGAAAAGAAACUGACUGAAGUCCCGGCGCCGUCAUUUCACCUGAUACUCGCUGCUCGCUCGUGGAUUUUAUUCAUUACUCAGCAUGUCAGCUUUGCUUUCUUUUCCUCGGACUGCUGGACACAGAGGCCACCAAUAAACCGCCUAAUCCAAACACUAUGAUGGAAACAUGUAUGUGUGUGUGUAUAUUUACACGACUCUUGUAUUGUUCUGUGUGUCGAUUCAAGAACGCUUUCAUGGUCUUGAUUUAUAACGCUGUAAUAAAUGCUAACAGUGACGCUGCACUUGUAACUUGAUUCCCCUCCCCCCAAUUCAUGGAGUUAUUCUAAAGUCUUUUUAAUUGAGCUCGUUUAACUGUAAUUCCGAGACAAGCGUUUGGUUUGAAGUCACACUCGCGUCAAAUGACACUGAAGGACAAGUCCCAGUGAAGCAUGAUGAAUUUCUAGAUUAAAAAAAAAAAAAAAAGCCUGAAAUAUCAGAAGUCACCAGGAUGUUUGAUCACGUUGACUAGAUUGUGAUAGACUUCUAGGUGGUGCCAAAGUUGAUUUCAGUGUUUCUGGUGAAAUUGAGCACUGUUAAAGCAGAGAUCGUGAGCAGAAAUGAUGAAUCGGAGCUUAAUUUACAUGACAGAACAUCGUAACAUGAGUAUAAGUGUUUUAUAAACAAUGUAAAGUUCUCCAGACAGUGUCAUAACUCAAGACCACAGCUAAAGUUAUGCUGAAUGUUCUUUUUUUUUUUUUUUUUUUUUUAUGUAAAUUUACACGGAUCGAAAUCAACAAAUAAAAUGAACACCCUGUUCAUCACUAGUGUUGUUGUUGUGUUGGACAAUAAUCGGGAUUUCCUGCACAGUUAAAGAAGAUAAGGAAGCUUUAAGGCAUUUAUUUAUGUUCAUUUCUUCACUUAUUUGUUAGCCAAAUGAGAUGUCUGGAUUUUUGUUUUUGGGUUUAUUGGGAAAAUGCUGUCUACAGAUUAAGAGCCGAAAUAAAUAUUUUAUAACGGU